UUUGAACAUAGUUUUACCCCCAAAGCCCAAAUUAUAUCUUUCUCCAAAAAAAAAAAAGCUAACAUACGGCGUCGUGAAUCUUGUUCUCCGUUCAUAGGGCUGAGACACACUAGAGGAAGUUCAAAAAAAAAAUAUGGUCAAAGUUGCGAAAAUGUGGAACAGAACGUUUAUGACGUCAUUUCGCGGCAUUCUAUCAUCAUCUUUCUCCACGUCUUCUGCAAAGCGCGUGGGAACUCACAGUGGAACCUUCCACUGCGACGAAGCUCUCGCUUGCUUGAUGCUUCGCCUUUCAAAACACUUCUCCGGCGCCGACAUCGUUAGAACGAGAGACUCAAACCUUCUCGAAUCGUUAGAUGCCGUAGUCGACGUUGGAGGCACAUAUGACCCGAUACGACACCGUUACGAUCAUCAUCAAAAGGAUUUCGAUCAAGUUUUCGGUUACGGUUUCGUCACUAAACUCAGUAGCGCUGGACUUGUCUACAAGCAUUUUGGAUUGGAGAUAAUUGCAAAUGUGCUUCGCCUUGAUGAAGAUCAUCCUCAUGUACACCAGUUGUAUCCAACCAUAUACAAAAACUUUGUAGAGGCAGUUGAUGCUGUGGAUAAUGGAGUGAGUCAAUAUGACUUGAAUCAAUCUCCAAAAUAUGUAAUCAACACAGGCCUAGCAUCUAGAAUAAAACGAUUGAAUUUGGAUUGGAGGGAUUCUGAUCAGUCAUCUGAUGCAGAAAAUGAAGCGUUUCAUCGGGCAAUGGCUCUGGCUGGUGGUGAAUUUGUGGAGAAUGUGAAUUAUUAUGCAAAAUCAUGGUUGCCGGCACGGUCUAUUAUUAUGGAGUGUCUUGCAGAAAGAGAAACUAUUGAUUCUAGUGGAGAGAUCAUAAAACUAAAUCGAGCUUGUCCUUGGAAAUUUCACAUACAUGAGCUCGAGGACGAAAUGAAAAUCAACCCUUCCAUCAAAUAUGUUCUUUACCAGGAUGAUAGGAGUGAGAAUUGGAGACUACAGGCGGUGGCAAUUUCACCUGCUAGAUUUGAGAGCAGAAAACCACUACCAAAUCUUUGGAGGGGUUUGGAAAAUGACAGGCUAUCUGAGGUUGCUGGAAUCCCAGAUUGUACUUUUGUACACAUGAGCGGUUUUAUUGGAGGAAAUCGAAGUUAUGAAGGCGCUCUAGCGAUGGCCAAAGCAUCUUUAAAGGCUUAGGCAAUGGCCCUGUUAUGUUAAGCUAUGGAAGCAAUCUUUAGAGAAGGUAACAUGACAUUUUCUCUCAUACUAAAUUUCUACACCAGUUUAAUGAUUACAUUUCAAUUCAUCCGUUCUGUUCUUUGUAUGCAUUUAUCAGCAUCCGCGUUAUGGUCAAAACUAGGUCCAGACUUCUUUGCAUGCAUAAUGUUAGUAAUAGAUUCACUCCUCUGAGUCUGAAACACUUGGCAGAUCCUCUUUAAACCACUUGUAAAGCCCACCUUCUAGAUGGAAGACAUUGUUGUAACCAUUUAGGACCAGCAAGUAAGCUGCUAUUAGAGACCUGUGGAAUUACAAAAAUGUGAUCAUUAGAGCAGCAGAUCAAUGAUUUGAGUAUGUGUGUGUGCGUGUGUUAUAUAAUCACAUGAAAAGUGGUAUGCUACAUACAGCUUUCAGCUAUAUCACUUUCUUGGAUCUUAGAUUCAUGCAAUCCAAGUGGUUAAUGUCACGUUCCAUUGUAUAUUUUAGCUGAUGAAUAACUAAUUUGUCUUGUUAUUACUUUAAAUAAUUAACAACUUGGUUAGAAUAGAUGGCUUACAAUAAUAUGAAUGUCAUUUGUCUUGUCCUCUAAAAUUUAAAUGUCUCUGAAUCUGAUUUCGGAUGCAAUGUGCGAACACAUUCAAAAGGUUUGAGUUGGAAAAGUUUGUAUGCAAAAUGGACUGAUACUGAUUCAUAAACUGAAAGAACUCGCAAUCUUAUAUCAUUGUAUAUGUCUAUUAUUGAAAGAAAACUGAGCAGAAAACUCUUAUUACAGCAGAAAAUGAAAGAUAAACUGGAGAGCCUAAGCUCCAACCAGAGAAAUGAUUCUCCUAAUCAAUACUCAACAGUAAACCUGAAUGACCCUUCCCUACUCUACUUACGAUAUAUUCUCCUCUAACAAACUCUUCUAGAAUCUAGCUCCAUGUCACUAGCUAACUUCCAUUCUCUCCCCCAUGGCUCCACUUCCUUCUAGAAUAUACCUAGGUGUCCUAUCCUAAACUGUUGCAACCGGUUUUGGACUAUAUAUUCUUACAACAUAUACCAGCAAAAUUGAAAAAACAGAGAGAAGAAAGCAGGCACAUGAAAGGGAGAGAGAUAAUUUAAUACCUAGAUUGUUGACCUUGUGGCAGAUUUUGUGUUGGUUUCAUUGUUCCCCCUGCUGAGCAAGCUACAAUUAUCUUUGAAUCUUUAUUUAAUUUUUCCCCAACAGCUGUCAUCACGAAUAAAAUAUUUAGUUUGAGAAACAUGAAAUGCAAGAAUUCGAGAAAUGCAUGGUGAGGCAAAUCCAUCUUACACUUGAUAAACUCGGGGUUCUCUUCUGUGCCAGAGAAAAUACCAAAAAAUGCAAAUGCAGCGCGUCUGGCAAUAUCCCAGGCUGUCCACUCUUUUAUAAGCCUGUAUACUUGCACAUUAAUUGCAUCUGGGGGAUGAGCCUGCAGUCAUAAUUAGCCAAAUCCAUCAAUCAAAAGUAGAAGCACAUGAGAGGCACAGAAAAAAUCCAACAUGAAUAUAAUGGCACAUUGGAGUUGGAAAACAAGGUUUCUAAAACUUGUUCACUAACCUCCUUGAACUCUGCUUCUGGCCUUACAUCAAGAAUCACAAAUUUAUUUUCUUUUUGAAGACGCAGAGCUUCCUUUGGUUCGACACUUUUUACCUGCAAUAAUAUAUCACAUAUAAACUUCCGUGUGAUAUAAACCUGAAAUCAUAUUUCCUUAGAUUUUACACAAAAACUUGAUGUGUAUAACACUUGUUUGACUACAUAGUUGGUUUCCUCUGUUUCAUUGUUCUUGUUUCCUUUAUCUAUGAUCUAUCUCACACGUUAUCUCUUUCUCAUUACCUUGUCAAAUCAUUGCUGUUUGUUAUUUAUGUUCUUAGUAAUGGAAUGUAAUUUCAUAUGCUUCGCCAGACAUUUCAAGCUUUUGUAGUAUCUUGAAGUUUCUGUGCUCACUCUAACAUAAAUACUAAAAAGAUGCAUGUGUGCAUAUUUGUAUAUUCAGGAUAGUAUGUGUGACACAGGGGUGGAGCUUUACCCUUUUUUGCAGCAGUAAUUCUCUCUUAACCUUCCAUUCUUCUUCAGCUAUUACCACAAAAAAAAGUGAAGUUAAGGUUCUAUCACAUCUUUGAAGUGCUUUGACAAUUUAAUCCAGUAAAAGUAACUCAAAAUAAGAACAAGUACCUGGUGAUUUCGCUGGUUUUGUUGUCGCGCUCAUGAUUGUUAACCCUCUUGCAAAAUUCUGUUGGUGUAAUCCUUGAGAAGUGGGUUUGUAUGAUCUCACUCUGACACAACAUGAAUUAUGAUCAAGCUUACCUUCUAAAGAAGGUACCCAGGAUUGUAAAUAUGAUGUGGAUGAAUAUUGUAGAGCAGUUGAUGUAAAAGCCAUGCUUUGAAGCUCUCAGUUUCAACAGAAAAAUCAGAUAUUUAAGUGCAAGUAGUUAAUUAAUUCAAUGGAAGUACUUGGGAGUUGGGAUCAGACUAUUUGUGACCGUUGUCAAGUGAGUUCUUUGUGGAUAUUUGGGGCACAAAAUCUGAAUUUGUGGUCGAUGUUUUAGGAGUCCCUUGCUAUUUGGAUAUCCUCAUUAUCAUCAUUUUUGUCCUUUUUUAUUCUUUCCUUUCCUUACCUUGACACAUAUUUUUAGAUCAUUAUAUUAUGUCUUUCGGCAUAAGCCCUUUAAUGUAUUUGUCCUUCCUUGCUCUGUCACAAAAUGAGGCAUACUACUUAUCGA